AAGCGGUGCUUUUGAACCUAAACCUUCAAGAAUUCCAAUUCUGAAUAAGUCAUAUUGCGGGUUAACUGAAUCUUAUUUUGACGACCAAGAAAUUCUGAGUGCUUCCGUAUUGGAAACAGGUGAAACUGAUGAAACUGAAGCAGAAAUCCAUGACAAAGUAACUCCUAGUUGGAAUGAAUGGAUAUGGCCUUCUGGCAUUUCAGGAAAAGAAGCUCUCAGUAAAGCCAGUUCCGAAGCAGAGCAUUCACUAAU